CUGUAUGUCACGGGAUCUUCAAACUAUCUUAUCCUUGGUAUUGUUAUUUAGUAUCAAAUAGCCCAUACCAAAUUAAACCAGACUGUAUUUUUGGUAACUGAGGAACAGCAGGUUCUGGAGGGUUUAAAAUAGAUGACAUAUGAUACCAAGAAUAGCCCGGUGCAACUUAGCAGACCUGAGAAACUAUUCAAAGAGCAAACCAAAAUGGAGGGCGGUUCUAUACUCCAUGCUUUCACUAACAUUUAUUUUGCCAUUUUUGCUUUGUUUUGUUUCAAGCUCUUAAUUAAGAUUUCCUUGGCUCUUCUGACCCAUUUCUAUAUUGUUAAAGGCAACAGAAAAGAGGCUGCCAGGAUAGCAGAAGAGAUCUAUGGAAUAGUCCCAGGGAUUUAACCUGGGCUGACUGACUAUGCCUGUAGUGUCUAGGCUAAGGAAUUGUUUUUCUUGGCACACAAAUAGAUUAAGGCAGCUGGGCAGACCGGUCCCCUCUUCAUGAGGCUGCCUUUCAAGGACGCCUUCUGUCUUUGAAAACCUUGAUUGCACAGGGUUUUGAUGUGAACCUGAUGACGACAGACCGUGUGUCGGCUCUCCACGAGGCCUGCCUGGGCGGACACGUCGCCUGCGCGAAGGUGUUGCUGGAGAAUGGCGCUCAGGUCAACGCAGUCACCAUCGAUGGGAUCACUCCUCUGUUUAAUGCCUGCUGCAGUGGCAGCGUGGCCUGUGUCAACAUGCUGCUCGAAUUCGGGGCCAAGCCACAGCUCAGGAACCACCUUGCUUCGCCCAUUCAUGAGGCGGUCAAGAGAGGCCACAGGGAAUGCAUGGAGAUCCUUCUGGCCCAUGAGGUUGACAUUGACCAAGAAGACCUGCAACACGGGACCCCACUCUAUGUGGCUUGCAUGUACCAGAGGACAGACUGUGUCAAGAAGCUUUUGGAGCUAGGAGCCAACGUUAACAUGGGGAAGCGAUUAGACACCCCGCUCCAUGCAGCAGCAAGGAAAUCCAGUGUGGAAGUAGUCGUCUUGCUGAUAGACUAUGGUGCUGACCCAAAAUGCAGGAAUGCUGAACUCAAAUGUGCCCUGGAUCUUGCUGUACCCAACAGCAAAGUGGAGCAGGCACUUCUGCUUCGGGAAGGUCCUGCCAGCCUUGCUCAGCUGUGCCGAUUGAGUAUCAGAAAGCAUCUGGGUCGGUCGUGCCUAUAUGCAGUCCGAAAGCUGCACCUGCCGGAGCCACUUGAGAACUUUCUCCUUUAUCGAUAAGUCUGUGACUAUCUUUACACUAGAAAAGAAAGAGGAACAAAUGGUUGUUUAUUCCAAAGUUAUUAUAUCAAAGAAAAAAUCAAAGACAUCAUUUACUGUCUGCUGUGGAUACAAAAUGCUGGCUGCUACGUGACGGUCUAAACUGAUGCCAAUGAAAAGCACUUUUUCACAGAGAGCGAAUGGUAUUAUGGAUACAGUUCCCUUAUUGCUACAUCCACUUAUGCUAUCCUGAGUUGUGAUACAUGAACAGCUCACUUGGUGUGUUCAUAGAUGCACAUGCACACAUCCAUCCACCCACAGACACACACAGAUAUUUUAUUAGAUUUUUUCCUGCAGUAUCUGUGCAGCCUCUUUCUCUUGCCUAUCCAAUCUCACCAUCAAAAUCAAGGUAGUGGCUGUUAUUCUUCUACUAUUGUGAGAAUGAAAGCCUUUGGUGCCCAACGUCAUCUGUUUUUAAUAUAUUGCACAUCUUUUGUCCACUUUGACUUCACAUCCUUUGCCUCUUUCCCAUGGUCUAGUGGAGCCAUAGGAACUACCAGCUGGCUCUGGCUGUUCAGCCACUGUAUGUCCCUUUGCCCUGAGUCCAGAUGCCCCCAACAUUAACACAUCUUGUCCUCUGAGGUGCAAGUGAUAUGACCAAAGCAGGUGCAGGAUUUUGGAGUAAGGACACAAAAGUGUGUGCAAGUCUUAAAAAACCCUUCAUCUCUUCUAAAAAAGUCCUAAGAUAUAUCACCUGAGAUCUGCCUGUGUUCAUUACAUGAAUAAUUUUUCUUAGCUUAAUUUCAAGACAGAACUGCAAAUGUUUUCAUAGGCACAGUAGGUCAGCUUUCAAUGUCUGUCCUUUGCAAAGUUUAAAGAAAAGCAAAGGAAUGAGUUGUAGCUCUCCUUCUGGGCUUUGCAUGCUUUGAUGUUUCUCAAGUCCUCAGACUGUAGAGCAAGAGAGAAGCAGGGCCCCUAAGGAUGGUUGUGCAUCACUUAAAUGUUGUUCUUGAUCGAUAUUCCUCACCAGGAGAAGUUUGCAAGCUUGUCUGUUCCCUCAUCCUCUACUUUCAUUACCUCCUCCUUGGGAGAAGAGAUUUUAUUCAUUGUGAUAGUAGUUUAAAUAUCAAUAGGGUUAUUAGCCUGGUCAUAGCAGAGCUAAAAAUGUGCAUCUCUUUGAGUUGAGAAAUUUGGGAUGCAGUGACUGGUGCAAUGCCUGCAUGGCUCUGUAAAGGUUUGUGUGUUUUUCCUGUGAAGGUCCUUUGGAGGAAAGAAAUGUUUCUUCAGACCUGAGUUUUGCUAAGCAUCUAUCACGAGACAGGCAAUGCUGUUUCACUAGUUGUAGUAAAAUGGGAAGUAGAAUUAAAAGGAGAGCCUGUCUCCAUUUAACUUCACAGGUCCAAAAGGCUGAUGACACAUUUUCAGGCUAGGAGGUGUAGUGGUUUCAUUAUGAGCUGUGCAUGCUAGUACUGAUUUUCACUGCCCACACUUCUUAAGUCAGGGGGAACUGGCCUGCCAGAGCCCGAAUAUGGGGCCUGGCUGCCAGCAGCCUUGGAGAUCCUGUCCCUGCUCCAGCAGCAGCUGCCUCUCUGAGACAUAGGUCUAACAUUUCCCAUAGUUUCUUAUGAUUAAUUCAGCACAAGUAAGAUAAAUUGUGCUCCCAGCAGUUCAUGAGACUGGACCUGCAAUGUUAUAGCCAAAAAUUGAUGUAGUUUUCCGCCUGUGUUUUCACAUAUUGAGUGCUAUCUGAUGGAAAGAGCUAUUGCCCGUGAAGUUGUCAGUGACAUGAAUGACCUUGUGUAGUACAGUGUAUCAUGAAUCUCAGAAAUUUGAACUAUAAAUUCUCAAGAGCUUCUGAAAAUCAAAUAUUAUCGAGAAAGAAAUGUCUAUAUUAAUCUGAUGUCAGCAGAUCUCUCUCAGUCUUUUCUGCCAGCUUACCUGCUCUGUUUGUAAGGUGGCAGUCAGAAUACCACCUACUAUCUAAAUAGAGAGGCAGAGACUCAGCUGUGUGGGUUGUCAGACUUGCACUGCAAUCAAGGAGCUAAGGCAAUUUAUAGGAUCUAUUUCAGAAUGUGUACUACUGAAUUGAUUUCCUACUGUGAUCAUCAAUGAAAGCAGUAUUUCACUUGCAUAGGAUUUUAAAUUGAAAAAAUGUAUCUCCAUUAAGGAAAUGCAAAGUCUGUUCAGCCUCUCAGAAAGGUUUAUGUUAAGAAGUAGCAGAAGCUGCCCUAUAUUUAUUGGUGAUAUUAGCUUCCCAUCAAAAAAUCACCUUACCUUUCCUUCCUCCUGGAGACAUCAUUCUUCCCAAAAUUCUCUGUGUCAGAGAGUCUGAAGGGAACAGAGACUUCAUAAAUCAGAAUAGAAGCUCAGAAGUCCUGACAUUAAGAAAUUUCAUUAGAAACUUUACCUAGACUUUUUCCCUCCUGUCUCAGAAGAUUAAAUUACCCAUUUAAUUCUCAUUGACUUUAUGUUGUAACAAUGCAUGGAAAUACUACUUAGGAAACAGCUGGAGGAGGUAUUUAGUUUUCAUGCAAAUAUGCCAUCUCAUGUGAGGAUAGGGAAAGGCUGGGACAAUUUUCUAGGAGACUACUGAACUUGGUGGUGGUUUUUCAGAAUGAAUUUGAAAAACAUCUGUCAGGUGUGGAUACAGCUUCUUUUCCCCAGGCGGGAGAAGGGCUGACUGAUCUCACGAGGUCUCUUUCCUUCAAAACAGGUAGGGUCUUCUGUCGUUCUAUGAUCAUUGACAGAAACCAGUUAUUUGGGUAAUAUAUGGUUUUCCUGGGAACAAAGACUUUUUUUGUGCUGCAAUGUCCACUGCUAUAUCACAUCUCUAUGACUUUACCCAUAGCAACUGCCAAUACUAUCUGCUUCAGUAAAAAGCACUGCAUAUCUCCACAGGAAUGAUUACACAACACGCUGGCUAUUGGAAAACCUUUUCUGAACCACGAACAUUGAUACUAAGUACAGACACUGACUUGCAACGUAAGGCAUGAGCUUGGCCUAUGGAUGCUCGCUAAGCCAUAAAGUAUUUUGCAGGAGUGUCUUAGAUUACUGAUGUGCAAUAUAAACCCUAAAGACUUUCUUCUGUUGUUCUUAAUCUGUUGGGCCAGUUUUCAGUUUUCUUAUCUACCUAUUAUGAGAGAUCCAGUGUGGACUCAGAAAUGCCAGUGAUGAGGACUUCACAGAUUUUAACCUAAUGAGAUGUAGACUUCGAGACAUCAUUCGUUACUCAGUGUAUUUCUAUCAUUGCUCAUGAUCCAAAGCAAAAUUAAAUUAAAUGGGCUUUGUAUCAGCCCUAUCUUCCAAAUAAGGGGUCUUCAUAUCAACAAUCAACAUUUUACCAGUAGAUGUAUUCCCAUGUCUCCAAGCACCUUUGCAAUUCCCUUUUUUUUGUUUUGUUUUAUUUCCACUGUAUCUUUCUCACACCACUACAGUCUUGUUCAUAAGCAUAUCUUUCCUGAUCAGCUCUCUCCUGGAUUCACAUAUUUCUUCUCUGUCACUAAGAAAAUGGUUUUCAGUUUCCUUCUUGAGGAAUCUAACACUUCAAAAGCAGGCAUCUCAGUGAGGGUCAGCCUGUCUCCUUGUGUUGGAUGUGUUAUUUCCCUCUCUCCCCACUCUGUUGUACUGGGGUUCCUCCCGCUCCAAACCUGCACAUCUCAGCCCUCCCUAGCCCCAGGGGAGGGCCUUCGUGCUUAGAGCCAUCAACCCCAUGGCACGUGUCCUGCUCACAGGCUCCUCAGCUGGUGCAUCCUUGUGAGAGCAGGACUGUACCGGCCACAGUGUUCAUGCAGAGCUGGAGCAAGACAUUGGGCCGUGCCAGGUGCUGUCUGGGCUGUCUCCAGGCAUGGCAUCUCUGCUUGCUUUCUGCCUGGCUGCACAUAAGCAGUUUUCUCUGUGUCUGAUCACAGCAGGACACAUGCUGCUGUUCACAGUUUGAGCUAAUUUGUGAAGACACUUGUGGCGAUCGAUGCUCUUGAUCACCCCUGGUUGUUAACUCAGCAUCCUGGCCCAAAACCUGGCUCCAUAGGUUUCCCUGUUGCUUGAGAUUGCUUUUUGCCAGAGUUAUCUGCAAGCAGUUUGGCUAGUGAGUCACCUCCUCAGGGGCACACAACAGUGAAAAUAAAUAGACCAACACAUUUUGAAAGGGUUUAAUGAGCAAAGUUUCUCAUGGUAGGUAGGAAAUUAAAGUUACAUUCUAUUUUAUCCCCUGAAAGAUCUCUGUUUUGAUCUCCUGACCAACCUGUCAUGUUCAAGGUGACCUCUGUCUCCUACAUUUCAACUCUGCUAUUGGCAUUUAACAACCCUUCAUCCUCUCUAGGAUUCAAAUUUUUAUAGCAGAUGUGCUAGUCCCUGAUUUUCUGUCUUUCUGACUGAAUCUCCCAUUCACAGAGUGAAAUUAAAAAUGGGAGAAAGUGCUAAGCUGCUGAAACUUGUGAUCAUACUGUAGGAGCUGAAAUUCCCCACAUCUGCCCUGAGGUGCCAACAUCCCAUCUUCCCAGGCAGAAGCAGGCUCAGAGGGAGGAUCUCUGUCCAUCUGUCCACCUGUGUGCUACCUUUUCUUGUAAUGGGACAUGCCUGUGGCACUUUGGAUGGUGGUACUGGGAGCUCAUCUCCUCCCAACUCUGUCUUCCUCCAGGAAACUCCAGCCUGGUCAACAUCCAUCUAAUGGUAUGUAGACUUCUCACCACCCAUGGUAGAAAUUAGUGUUGUGCUGCCCCUGCGUAAACCCUUGUGAAGGAGACGUUGUCCCCUCAGUGCCACUCUCUGUCCUUCACUUGCUGUCUACUCUGCAAGGCAGGAGAUCCAGGGGAUGUUCAACACCUUUCUGUCCCAAAUCUGACCUCUGCCUCCUGCAGCACAACUCUGCUAUUGACAUUUAACAACCCUCCAGUCUUUAUUGGAUUGAAAACUCUGGUUGUGUGUCUCAGCACAGCAUCAGGGCAAGUCUGAUACUAAUGAAAACAAAACAUAUUCACUGACUCUUAGUUGAAAAAUCCAGCUGACACUGACCUAUAUGCUGAACUGACAGUUCAUGAUGCCUUUGUGUAUUUUUUCAGAAAUUGACUUUUUCCACACACCAAUUGCUCCUCACUGGGAUUUUUUUUUUAAUGUUUCACAAGAGAUGUAUGAUAUGUUAAUAUCAAAUAUAGAUUAUUCUACACAGAC